AUGCUCAACUGUCUUAUUGUGUCCUCUCAAGAGAAAGACGGUUUGGAGGAUGGGCUGUCAUUAUACCAUCGCACUGUUGGGCUGUUCAUUGAAUCCAUCAUCCUCUACUGUGACUCUGUCAGUGUGAUCCUCUAUAUCAUGUUUGUUGCUUGCAUCCAGUGGAUGCACUACCAUCUCCAGCCAGUAGCUGAGAUGACAGGAGAUGCAUCUUAA